AUGAACAACGAAGUAUCGAUGGAAGACAAAACAACAUCGAAUUGGGUUGAUGUCAAAGAACAGAUGUCAGGCAAAGCUCUAGAAAUGUUUGGUUCAUGGAUAAACAAUAUUGAAAAGCUAAACGAAGAGUUUGCCAAUGCCUGUCCAUUUCCGAAUGUAGUGCUUCAACAAUUUUUUGUCCCAGAAAUGGCUGAGAAAUUGUAUCAGUCAUUCCCGAAAGUUACUGCGGAGCACAAAUGGAUACUUUAUAAUAAUCCAAUCGAGAGAAAAUAUGCCUUAACGGAUUUCACUAAUCUCCCACAAUUUAAUAAUCUAUUUUUGGCGUUACAAAGCAGCGAAUUUGUCAGUAUUAUCAAGAAAAUUAGUGGUAUUGAAAAUCUAGAGUCAGAUCCGCAUCUUCAUGGUGCUGGAUUGCACCAACAUGCUCCAGGCGGUAAACUUGACAUGCACCUAGACUAUAGUAUUCAUCCAAUAACUGGAAAAGAGCGCCGAGUCAAUUUAAUUAUUUAUUUAACUAAAGAUUGGCUAGAUGAGUAUGAAGGGGCUAUUGAGCUGUGGAAUUCAGAAUUCACUCGUUGUGAAAAGAAAAUUUAUCCAUCAUUUAACAAUGCAGUACUCUUUCGCACUUCGGAUGUCUCUUAUCAUGGUCUACCUUUUCCAAUCAAAUGUCCGCAAGAUAAUUCGCGCAAGUCAAUUGCUAUUUACUACGUUUCCGAUCCUCGAUCAAAUACUGAUAGCGUUCGUUACAAGGCGCAGUUUCGGCCUUUACCCACACAACCUGUCAACGAUAAUCUAAAAAAACUGUAUCUCGUGCGGGAGAAACGUAUUAUUACCAAGGAAGAUUUAGAAACAAUCUAUCCCAAUUGGGAAUCGGAUGGUAAUGGAUAUUGGUAG